AUGGCCCCGCACGGAGCGCCGUGGGUCCUGCCGCUGGUGCUCUGCCUGGCCGCAGUGGCCGCGGUAUCCUGGGCGCGGGGGCCGCCGGGCACACUCUGGCCUGGGCGGGGCUGCUCCGCGCUGGGCCGCUGCUGCCCCGGCCGUGACCCGACCUGCGUUGCCCCGGGGCCUCCACGCUGUUUCUGCGACCAGGCGUGCAGCUCCGUGCGAGACUGCUGCGCCGACUACGCGCGGGCCUGCCCAGCGGUCUCCUGCGUUGUGGCGGAGUGGAGUGGCUGGAGUCGCUGUGCCAAACCCUGUCAGCUCUCCUACCGUGUCCGCAGGAGGCACGUCCUGCGGGAGCCAAGGAAUGGGGGUGCUCCCUGCCCCCACCUGGAAGAGCGGGCUGGCUGCGUGGAGUACCGGAGCCCCCAGGGACUGGAGUGCCAGCAGUCCUUGUUCCCUGCUCUGAUAACCACGGGCAGCUAUGGGAAGGAGCGGAGAAAGCGAGGUGUCCCCAAGGAGCAGGAGGUAGGCGGGUACUGCGUCCAGUUCCGGCUGGGGCCCAUUCCAGGGAGCUGCCGGCAGGCCAGGGCACCCCAUGCCCAGUGGAUGAAGUAUCUGACCCAGGGCCACACGGCGUGUGUGAGGUGUGAGUGGCCUGCCCAGGAUGCCAGGAGCCCACGUUGCCACGGGGACGGCGGCGGGGCCGGAGGGAACCAGCUGUUGCUGUGGCAAGCGGCCGGCCACCCCCGGUGCCGAGGGACCUGGGAGAGGCUCGGGCGGCUCCCGCACUGCUCCUGCCCGGAGGUCCACAGCUUCGUGUUCAUCUAGUGCCGCAGCCCCUAGCUGUCCGGACCCCUUCAUUCUUUCUUUCUUUUUCUAAGUAUAUUUCAUUGAUUAUGCCAUUACAGUUGUCCCGUUUUUUUCUCUCUUUUACCCCCCUCUGCCCUGAACCCCACCUCCC